AUGGCCACCGCGGCUUCCAAUCCUUAUCUGCCCAGCAAUAGCAUCUUAUCGUCCGGCUCCCUCGUGCACUCUGACUCUGGAGGUGGUGGCAUGCAGCCGGGCAGUGCUGCGGUUACCUCGGGGUCUGGGGUCUACAGGGGAGACCCCUCAGUCAAGAUGGUACAGAGUGACUUUAUGCAAGGCGCAAUGGCAGCGAGCAACGGGGGACACAUGCUGAGCCAUGCCCACCAGUGGGUGACAUCCCUCCCGCACGCCGCAGCGGCCGCAGCAGCAGCCGCGGUGGCUGCAGCGGAGGCCGGAUCCCCCUGGUCGUCGAGUCCCGUCGGGAUGACGGGCAGCCCUCAGCAGCAGGACGUGAAAAACCCCGGCAGAGACGAUCUGCACACGGGCACCGCGCUGCACCACAGGCCCCCUCACUUAGCUCCCCAUCAGACUCACGCCGGCGCUUGGGGGAGCACGACUGCGGCGCACAUUAACUCCAUAUCCGGGGGACAGCAGCAGCAACAGUCGCUGCUCUACUCCCAGCCGGGGGGGUUCACUGUGAACGGGAUGCUGAGUCCUGGGAGCCAGAGCCUGGUGCACCCGGGCUUGGUGAGGGGGGACACCCCGGAUCUGGACCACGGCAGCCACCACCACCACCAUCACCACCAGCAUCAGCAUCACCAGCACCACGGCGGCGUCAGCAGCCACGACCCGCACUCGGACGACGACACGCCGACCUCGGACGACCUGGAGCAGUUCGCCAAGCAGUUCAAGCAGCGGAGGAUCAAACUGGGCUUUACGCAGGCGGACGUCGGCUUGGCUUUGGGCACCCUGUACGGUAACGUUUUCUCUCAGACGACCAUUUGCAGAUUCGAGGCUCUGCAGCUCAGCUUCAAGAACAUGUGCAAGCUCAAGCCUUUGUUGAACAAGUGGCUCGAAGAGGCCGACUCGUCCACCGGCAGCCCCACCAGCAUCGACAAGAUCGCGGCGCAGGGGAGGAAGCGAAAGAAGCGCACAUCCAUCGAAGUGAGCGUCAAAGGGGCUUUGGAGAGCCACUUCCUAAAAUGCCCCAAACCUUCGGCCCAGGAGAUCACCAGCCUGGCGGACAACUUGCAGCUGGAGAAAGAGGUGGUUAGAGUGUGGUUUUGCAAUAGGAGACAGAAGGAAAAACGGAUGACGCCCCCAGGAGUGGCGCAGACGCCGGAGGAUGUGUACUCUCAGGUCGGCAAUGGGCAUUUUUUAGUAGAUUACUUAAAAGAUGCAAGUGAAGCGAGCGACCAGAGGGUGACAACUACAAGUUCAUUCCACCAGAAAACAAAGGAGCAGGCAUUUUGUAUAUUUAGAAAUGGGACUGAACCGCCUUCCCUGCUCCCCCCAUGCCUAUAACAAUGACAAGAGGGGAGAAA